GAUCGACUUUCAUUUGCUCUGUAGAGUCACUGCAUGUCACUUCUGACUCCGCACUCUCAUGGUUCCCUGAUUCUAGUCACACUGGUUUCAAAAAUGCGCGGAGAGAAUCGUAUCCUGGGAAGCACCAAAAUCUCUCAGACUGUGGAAGAGCUGGCUUACGGACUUCCAGAAGUCCAGCUACACUACGACCAUGCGGGAGAGCGCGGAAUUCUCACAAAAUCGAUGGAUAGCAGUGAUGAAAGCCUGCCGAAGCUCUUCAUCUUUGACCUGGAUCAGACCCUGUGGGCCUUCGACGCAGCGCAGCCGCGCUACGCGGGGCCCCACCUCGUCGCGCGACACGGGGUGGAAGGAGUGCAAUGCCAGGCGGCGGUGGCUAAACCCUUCAAGGAAGCUGCAGAAAUCGAGCUUUGGCAGAUCUGGCGUCCAGGCGCGGAUCGCCGUGGCUUCGGCGAACAGUCAGGAGAAAGUUUGCGCAGCCUUGCUGCAACACAUGGGCUUUCUCCAGGAUCCAGGUGAGGCUGGAGGAAUUGAACGUGCCCUGCUGGCCAUCGCGCCGGGCAGCAAGACGGGCCACUUCCAGCGGAUCGCGAAAGCCUCAGGUGUGGAUUUCUCGGAGAUGCUUUUCUUCGACGACCGGGCCAUGAACGUGCGGGCAGCCGAGAAGUUGGGCAUCGUGGCGCAACAGGUCUCCUCUUUAGACGGCCUCACCUGGGCUCAGUUCCAUGCGGGUCUGCGGGCCUGGCGUUCACAGAGGCGUUCCAGCCGGGUGUUGGCGCAGUGGAUGAAAGCCCCCAAAGGUCCCGGUCCUGGUCCUCCUCCGGCGAGUGGUUUGGGCGACCAGUUGAUAGAUUUGGUGGACGAAGAUCCUUCAGAAGCUGCCAAAGAACCAGCAGAUCCUGAAGGUCCGGAGGUCAUCGAUUUGUGCGAGUGAUCCAAAAGCCCGCAGUGGAUCGUGCACUUUGCUGCCAAGUGUGAGUUCUUUUGGGGGAUGGUCCUGAGAUUUCCGACAUGUCGAUACAAGAGGCUUCACCUUGCA